UGCCCUUCUUCAACAUGGCGGACACAGCACGUGCCGGCCGUGAGCAUGCGCUCGCCGGCAGGCUUUAAAAGCGCGAGGGACAGAAUGGGUUAUGUGGCUGCUGACUUGCUGACCUCGGUGGCAAUUGCAAUCCCAAAAGCAGCCAAGAGCACUGAAGAGCUGAGCAGUGUGGCCAUAAGCGCUGAUGAUGAAUGAUCAGAAAGGUCCUGUGUGGCUCUGGCUGCCUUUUGUUGUAGAAGCAGCUCUGCCCAGGUCUCCCCUACCUAAAAAGAGGGGACGAUGGAACUUUGCUCCGCUAUCAUGUAGUAUCUACUGCUAAGUCACAGGAGAUGAUAUUUCUGGACAUCCAGCGGUCUGCAUGGGAAGCAAUGCACCUGCAGCUCACAGCCAGUUAAAUCCCACAAAGCACAACAGUACCGGCUCAUCCGCUGCACGUUUCAUGCAUUUGUUGAGUUCUGUGGUGGGAUCUGCAAUGCUCGUGGAAUCACAGGACCCAGCUUUCGUUGCUUUGCAGAAUUUGUCACCAGACAUACUGAAAUCUGCAUCCAGGAUCUAUGGGGCAUCUUCAGGAUCGAUUAUAGCUACACUUGUGUUGUGUGACUGUGAUCUAGAGGAGAUUAAGCUGUUCUUCUUCAACACUGUGGAAAUCUCUUCACUGGGGCACUUUCCUGGAGGAAAAGUCCUUAAAAUCUUAAGGGAUAGCUUAAACAAAUACCUGCCUACGAAUGCCCACGAGCUGGUAUCUGGAAAGCUGCAUGUUAUCGUCACCCGUGUGCACGACUGGAGAAGCGUGGCCAUUUCAGAGUUUGCCUCAAAGGAGGACCUCAUUCAGGCCAUAACGUGCAGCUGCUUCAUUCCUCUGUAUUUUGGAUUUUUCCCUCCUACGUACCAUGGGGUGCGUUAUGUUGAUGGGGAACUCGGCAUGUGGCGAGCCGACUUCACGUCCCGGACCACAAUCACCGUGUCUGCUUUUGCCGGCGAAUACGACAUCUGUCCCAAAGAUAGCCCAGCUGCCUUCUUCAAUUUCCAACUCUCUGACUGUAUUUUACAGAUAUCAAAAAUAAACAUCUGCCGCUUGCAGUAUAUUUUUCAGCUUCCCACAUAUCAGGUUCUGGACCAGUUUUAUAUCCACGGCUACCAGGACACAGUCUCCUUCUUAAAAAGACUGAGUGACUUUGGCGUAAAUUACCUUGAUGAGGACUUUAUGCUUUCAUUGGGCAAUGAAUCAUGUCAGAAAGGUGCAAGGACCCUGCGCUGGAAGCCAGAAACAAGACUACUUUGCUCCAGAGCCACAGACCUUGAGGAUGUCACUGAAGAGAAUCCAGGGACCAUCCGGGCAGCAGAUGAAGUGGAAGAGGAAGUCCCACACCACCUUCUCCACCGUCAGAAAGGGCCAUGCCAGCUGCAGAAGAGCAUUUCUGACCCUGCUGCUCCCUUUGACCCCAGUUCCUUCUUUAAAGAGAAAAAGAGCAUCUGGCAGCCCAGCCUGCAGACAGACACCAAGCUGCACUGAAGAGCCACAACCCCACCUCCAUCCCACCCCAGGUGCUUCCCAUGACCCACCUUUAAAGGAGGCAUUUUAGGCUGAAGACAGGAUCUGUUGCAGCUGGUUUGAACUGGGUUCAGCUGGGUUUCCCAGCUUGCUUCCCUAGGGGUGAAACAAACUCCUGCACAAGGUGAUUGUCUUAGUUUGGGCUGGGAUAGAAUUAAUUUUCUCAGUAGCUGGUGCAGUGCUGCAUUUUGGAUUUGGUGUGAGAAUAAUGUUGAUAACACUGAUGCUUUGAUUUGUUGCUAAGUGAUGUUUAUACUGUCAAGGACUUUUCAGUUUUUUACACCCUGCCAGCAGGAAGGCUGGAGGGGCACAAGAAAUUGGGAGGAGAUGCGGCCAGGACAGCUGCCCUGAACUAGCAAAAGAGAAAUCUAUACCAUAGAAUGUCAUGUCCAGUACAUAAACUGGGGCGAGUUGGCUGGGGCCAGCUGAUUGCUGCUCAGGGACUGGCUGGGUGUCCAUCAGUGGGUGGUGAGCAAUUGUAUUGAGCAUCACUUGGGUUUUUUUCCCCAUCUCUUUGGAUUUUAUUCUUCUCCCCUUCAUUAUUAUUAUUAUAUUUUAUUUCAAUUAUUAAAUUGUUCUUAUCUCA